GGCAUAUAUGCUGAGCUUGAUGUAGUAUAAGGAAGUAUGACAGUAACGGCAACAAAUAAAACAUGGGAUCCUUACAUUAUUAUCAAAGCAAGAGAUAUGAUCAAAUUGUUGGCAAGAAGUGUACCAUAUGAACAGGCAAUCAAGGUUCUUCAAGAUGACAUUGGUUGUGAUAUUAUAAAAAUUGGAACACUUGUGAGGAAACGAGAACGCUUUGUUAAACGACGCCAAAGACUUAUUGGUCAUAAUGGAGCUACUUUGAAAGCUAUUGAACUUCUGACAAACUGCUAUGUUUUAGUUCAAGGCAAUACUGUUUCAGCCUUAGGACCUUAUAAAGGCCUCCAACAGGUAUGAUGUUUUAUUGUUUUAG